AUGGUGGCGGAGGCCGGCCGCGACGGGACGGGCAGCAUUCCGGACAGAGGCCGGCCAGCGAGCGAGAGCGAAGCAAGCCCCACGCCAGGCGCUCCGGGCACCCAGGAGCAUAUUGACUGGGAAAUCGAGCGGUUUGACGGUUGGUACAACAACCUUGUGCAUCACAAACAAAACUCAGCAGGAUCGGUCUUCUCACGGCUGCUCCCCGCUCGCUAUGCUGACGGCGUGUUCCAGGCCCUGCAGGAGCCACAAGUCCCCAAUGCACGGAGGCUCAGUGACGUGGUGGCCCGGGGGCCGUCCGAACUCUCUGACCAGGGGAACAGAACAGUAUUGGGGGUCUUCUUUGGUUUUCACAUACUUGCAGAGAUUUUGGAGGCUUACCAGCCUGGCUGCCCCGCUGAAUUCCUCAACGUAGCAAUCCCUCAAGGAGACCCCGUCUUCGACCCCUCCGGCUCAGGCGAGGUCGUCUUGCCCUUUCAGCGCAUGCAGUGGUCUCUGGAAACAGGGCAGAGUCCCAACAUCCCCCGUGAGCAGAUAAAUGGAGUGACAGGUUGGCUGGACGGCAGUGCCAUUUAUGGCUCAUCGCAUUCUUGGAGCGACUCCCUGAGGGAUUUCUCAAAUGGCAAGCUGCUGGCGGGCAAGGACCCCGGCUUUCCGAAGCAAACCCAGGCUACCAGCCUGAUGUGGAAGGCUUUGGAUCCAGCCACAGGACAGGGUGGACCACAGGGGAUAUUUGAUUUUGGAAAUGCCAAAGGAAAUGAGAACCCGUUCCUGCAAGCCGUCAGCAUCGUCUGGUUCCGCUAUCACAACUACUGGGCAGAGAAGCUUGCCAAUACCUCUCGGUCAGAAGAAGAUAUUUUCCAACAUGCACGUAAACGAGUCAUUGCUACUUAUCAGAACAUUGUCCUCUAUGAAUGGCUGCCAACAUUUCUGAGGAAGGAAAGCAUCACACCAUAUGAAGGUUACAAGCAGCAUGUGGAUGCCAGGAUCUCUCCUGAAUUCGUGGCAGCUUCAGCUCUCUUCCUGGGCACGAUGGUCCCUUCCGGAGUCUACAAGAGGAACUCAUCUUGCAGCAUCCAAAAUGUGACCAUAGAUGGCCGUGCUUCUCCACCGCUCCGCCUGUGCAACAAUUACUGGAGUCGAGGGAAUCCCAGUCUUAAAACAGCUCAAGAUGUGGAUGAGCUGCUGCUCGGAAUGAGCUCUCAGCUUGCUGAGCAAGAAGACAACAUUGUGGUGGGUGAUCUUCGAGAUUAUUGGUAUGGGACGGUGAAGUAUUCCCGCAUGGACUUCGUGGCCAGCUGGAUUCAGCGUGGGCGGGACCUGGGGUUGCCCACCUAUAACAAAGCCCGAGAAUUCUUCAAUCUCCAGCCUGUGAAGGACUGGCAAGAGAUCCCCAGCGUCAAUCCACAGCUUCUUGAGGAAAUUGCUGCCAUGUACAGCAACGACACAGGGCGUCUGGAGAUGCUGAUUGGGGGCAUGCUGGAAGCCAAUGGAACCCUCUUCCACUCCAUCAUUGAAGACCAGUUUCUUCGCUUACGGGAUGGGGACCGUUUCUGGUUUGAAAACACCAAGAAUGGUUUAUUCUCCCCUGACGAGAUCGAAGAAAUUCGAAAUACCACAUUCAGUGCUGUUCUUGCUGCGGUGACCUUCCCGGAGUCAGAAAUUCACCAAGAGAACGUGUUUCGGAAAAAUGAUGAUACCCCGUGUCCCCUUCUCGGGCCAGUAAAUCCACAAGAUCUUCCUCCCUGUGAACCACUAACCGUACUCGAUUACUUCCAAGGGAGCGCUGCUGGAUUUGCUAUCAUCAUUGUCAUACUCGUCUGCUUGCCUUUAGUGAGUCUGUUCAUCGCUUGGGUGGUUGCUGUUUCCCGAAGGAGAUCCUUCAAAAAGCUGCAGAAGAAGAACAGCCCCAGCGUCAAGGCGGAAGUCAAUGCAGACAGCAUCCAAGCCUUUGAGUGGCAAGAUCCCAAGACCACCAGCUCUCCCAUCUACCUUCAGCUGCAGGAAGACAGGGUGAUCAAAGUGUUGGACAGCAACCUGGCUGUGCUUCGAAGCAUCACGCUGAAAAGCCAACAGCCUGUUGAGACCAUCUUGUCUAACAACAAGGGCAGAAAGACUCUGCUCUUGAAGAUCCCAAAAGAAUAUGACCUGGUGCUGGUGUUUAAUGGAGAAGCAGAAUGUAAGGACUUUCUCGGACAACUGAAAACUCACCUGGAAAGAAACAGGGUGUCUCUCCAAAUCUCCGAGAUGAAGGAGCAGCUCCUGCUGCAGAAGGCGGUCACCAAGAAGCAGAGAAAGGACAUCUUGGAGAUUUUCUUCAGACAGUCCUUUGCUAAGGUUCUGGACAUUGAUAGAUUAGAUGCUGGGGAACUUGGCGUGGAGGCUUCUCAGAAAGUCAAGGAAGCACUGAAGUCGGAGCUGAGUCGGGCGGAGUUUGCGGACGCUCUGGGCCUCAAGCCCCAGUCGGUCUUCGUGGAAUCCAUGUUUUCUCUUGCUGACAAAGACGGCAACGGAUACCUUUCCUUCAGAGAGUUCAUGGACAUCUUGGUGGUCUUCAUGAAAGGAUCCCCUCAGGACAAGUCUAGAUUGAUGUUCAAAAUGUAUGACAUUGAUGGGAAUGGCUUUCUUUCGAAGGAGGAAUUCUUCAGGAUGCUGAGAUCCUUCAUUGAAAUUUCUAACAACUGCCUCUCACGAGAUCAGACGGAGCAAGUCAUUGAGUCCUUGUUCAAGGAGGCCGGCUUCGAAGACAAGGAGGAGCUCACCUGGGAAGAUUUUCACUACAUGCUGCGAGACCAUGACAACGAACUGCGUUGCACUCAGCUCUGCCUUAAAGGUCAGCCGAACUGAGAGCCCAAGCUAAGCCUCAGAGGGGUGCACAGGAGAGGGGCGUUCAGUGCAGAGGGGACCUCCUACGAGGCAGGUGCCCCAAGUGGCAGAGAAGUAGGCACCGUGACAUCCGAGGAAUACCAAGGGCCAGAACUGCGGAAGAGGCCGGGCAAAAAGCUUUCAUUUCCACCCGCCCACCUCUACACUGAGGCACGUCGAGAGAGGUACCAGAGGGGCCAAAUUCACCAGAAGAUCCAGCAGUUCAAGCGGUUCAUUGAGAACUACCGCCGCCACAUCAUCUGCGUGAUGAUCUUCUCUGCCAUCACAGCUGGGGUUUUUGCAGAGAGAGCAUACUAUUAUGGAUUUCCAUCAUCUUCCAUGGGCAUUGGAGAAACCACCUAUGUUGGCAUCAUCAUAUCUCGUGGGGCAGCAGCUAGUAUCUCCUUCACGUAUUCAUUCAUCCUCCUCACCAUGUGUCGAAACUUCAUUACGUUUCUGCGAGAAACGUUUCUCAACCACUACAUCCCCUUCGAUUCCGCUGUGGAUUUUCAUCGCUGGAUCGCAACAGGAGCCCUGAUCUUUUCAGUUCUGCAUACUUUGGGCCAUGUCGUGAACGUCUACAUCUUCUCCGUCACCCCACUCAGCAUCCUGGCCUGCCUCUUCUCACACGUCUUUGUGAAUGACGGGUCACAAUUGCCUCCCAAAUAUUACUGGUGGUUUUUUGAGACUGUCCCAGGCAUGACAGGCGUGCUGCUGUUGGUGGUCCUCGCCAUCAUGUACGUCUUCGCAACUCAUCACUUCCGGCGAAUUAGCUUCCAGGGGUUCUGGAUCACUCACCAUCUCUACGUGAUUCUCUACAUCUUGAUCAUCCUCCAUGGCAGCUAUGCUCUGAUCCAGCAACCACGCUUCCACGUUUAUUUCAUCGCCCCCGCCCUGCUCUAUGGAGCGGACAAGCUCAUCAGCCUGAGCAGGAAGAAAGUGGAAAUCGGGGUGCUGAAGGCCGAAUGUCUCCCAUCAGGUGUCACUAACCUGCAGUUCCAAAGGCCUCCAGAUUUUGACUACAGAUCUGGGCAAUGGGUCCGGAUCGCCUGCCUCUCUUUGGGGACCAACGAGUACCACCCCUUUACUCUCACCUCCGCCCCUCAUGAAGACAUGCUGAGCCUGCACAUCCGAGCGGUUGGACCCUGGACGACCCGCCUGAGGGAGAUCUACUCCCCAGAAAGCAUAGCGCAAAUUGGCAAAUACCCAAAGCUUUACCUUGAUGGACCUUUUGGGGAGGGGCACCAGGAGUGGAACAAGUUUGAGGUCUCAGUGCUGGUGGGAGGAGGCAUCGGGGUGACGCCGUUUGCCUCCAUCCUCAAGGACCUUGUGUUCAAGUCUUCCGUCGGCUCCCGGAUCCUGUGUAAAAAGAUCUAUUUCAUCUGGGUGACCCGGACGCAGCGCCAGUUUGAGUGGUUGGCUGACAUCAUCCGCGAGGUGGAAGAGAACGACAGCCGUGAUCUGGUCUCGGUGCACAUCUAUAUCACCCAGCUGGCUGAGAAGUUUGACCUGCGUACCACCAUGCUGUACAUCUGCGAGCGGCAUUUCCAGAAAGUCCUCAACAAGAGCCUGUUCACAGGCCUGCGCUCCAUCACUCACUUUGGGCGGCCGCCAUUCUUCCCCUUCUUCUGCUCAUUGCAAGAGGUCCAUCCUGAGGUGAAGAAGAUCGGUGUGUUCAGCUGUGGUCCACCUGGCAUGACUAAGAACGUGGAGAAAGCAUGCCAGAAGAUCAACAAGCACGACCAAACCUAUUUUGUGCACCACUAUGAGAACUUUUAGCUCUUUAGUGGACCCUGCGUGGACUUCCGUGGUGGGGCGUCAGAGGUGACAGCCCUCAGGACUCUUCACUUGCCCAUAAAGAAGCCUCAGAGGCCCUUUGGCGACCCCUGCACUAAGGGCGAAAGAACUUUGCUUCAGCACUUAGGCCCUUCCUGGAGUCAAACCUGCACAAUCCUCAAACAGUCUGGUCCAUCGGUGGGAGGAAAAAAGACAAAGAAAAGAGAAGAGGGAUGUUCCAUCUUGAACAAUACAGGACCUGUGUAAACCACUUCCAGUUUGUUUUAAGGGUCCAAGAAUCCCUUACAAAGUUUUGCAAACAAAUCCGCCGCCUGCCAUUUGGGAACUUCUGGCCCCCAUCCUACAAAUUCUGUUUCUAAGUUGAAAGCAGUUGCGUCACAUGACUCAGUUUGAUUAAACUUGAUCUAACUUG